AUGGAAGCGAAGUUUAUCAAUCAGUCAUUCUACAAGAUUAUAUGUAUCACCGAUGUGAUCACCGAUCAAUAUUUCUUUUCAGAGGGGAAGGUCGAAGUAUCGAGAGACGGCAAGUAUCUCAGCACUUUGCAACAUGGCAAGGUGCUAGGUGAACUCGCGAUUCUUUACAACUGCAAGAGGACAGCGACGAUUACCGCUGCAACUGACUGCCAGCUCUGGGCAAUCGACCGGCAAUGCUUCCAAACCAUCAUGAUGAGGACAGGUCUCUCGAGGCAGGCGGAAUACACGGACUUUUUGAAGAGCGUGCCGAUUUUCAAGAACUUGCCCGAGGAAACCCUAAUAAAAAUUUCGGAUGUCUUAGAAGAGACAUUCUACAACAAUGGGGAUUAUAUAAUAAGACAAGGGGCGAGAGGUGAUACGUUUUUCAUUAUCAGUAGAGGGCAAGUGCGCGUGACAAUCAAGCAACCUGACACAACGGAGGAAAAGUACAUUAGGACGUUGAGUAAAGGUGAUUUUUUUGGCGAGAAAGCUUUGCAAGGUGAUGAUCUCAGAACUGCUAACAUAAUUGCUGAUGAUCCGGAAGGAGUGAACUGUUUAGUAAUAGACCGCGAAACGUUUAAUCAAUUAAUUUCAUCGUUGGAUGAAAUCCGAACGAGAUACAGAGAUGAGCUGGUGGAACGCAGAAGACUAAACGAGGAAUUCCGGGACGUGCGGUUACAAGACCUUCGUACUAUUGCAACUCUCGGCGUGGGUGGUUUCGGAAGAGUUGAAUUAGUUCAAAUUGCCGGAGAUAGCACACGAUCCUUCGCUUUGAAGCAAAUGAAGAAGGCGCAAAUCGUCGAGACACGACAGCAACAGCACAUCAUGUCGGAAAAGAGAAUUAUGAGCGAAGCGGAUUGCGAUUUUGUGGUGAAACUCUUCAAGACUUUCAAGGACAGAAAAUAUCUCUAUAUGCUGAUGGAGGCUUGUUUGGGUGGCGAACUAUGGACUGUUCUCAGGGACAAGGGACACUUCGAUGACGGCACCACACGAUUUUAUACCGCGUGCGUUGUAGAAGCAUUCGAUUAUCUGCACUCGAGAAAUAUCAUUUAUAGGGAUCUUAAACCGGAGAAUUUACUUUUGGAUAAUCAAGGAUAUGUUAAACUCGUGGAUUUCGGCUUUGCUAAACGAUUGGAUAACGGACGGAAGACAUGGACUUUUUGCGGCACGCCAGAAUAUGUGGCACCGGAAGUUAUUCUAAAUAAAGGUCACGACAUAAGCGCAGAUUAUUGGUCCCUUGGAGUUCUCAUGUUCGAAUUACUUACGGGCACACCUCCUUUUACCGGCGCCGACCCGAUGAAAACAUAUAACAUAAUAUUGAAAGGAAUCGACGCCAUAGAAUUUCCCAGAUCUAUUACGCGUAAUGCAAUGGCGCUCAUCAAAAAGCUCUGCAGGGAUAAUCCAGCGGAACGUCUUGGAUAUCAAAAAGGCGGCAUUAGUGAAAUACAGAAACACAAGUGGUUUGAUGGUUUUAAUUGGGAAGGCCUGAGGACGAGAACUUUAGAACCCCCGAUACUGCCACGAGUCCAAAGUGCUAUAGAUACCGCCAAUUUCGACGUUUAUCCGGCGGAUUCUGAUCCGCCACCAUCCGACGAUAUUUCUGGCUGGGAUAAUGAUUUUUAGUGCAAGAAGUAUAGCGGAUAUUUAUUUAAUGUUCGCGUUUGUAACUAUCUAGCAGGAAUGUAAAAAAAAGAAACCACGAUUUCUCGAUUACAGGCGCCGCGGAAGUAUUUUUCAUCUGAGGGGGCACAAUUUAUAAAGGGGAUACAUAAUACAUUCAUAAUAUGUAUAUGUAUAUAUAUGUAACUUCAUUCAAACAUCAUAUAAUAGGCCACUCAGUGGGUAGUAUAAAUGUGCGAAAAAUAUGCACAGAUUUUUUGUUCUAAUUAACUUAAUGCGCUUAAUUUUCUUUGUUAUAUAGUGUACUUCAAUUGAACGAGUAAAUAGUCAAAAAAAAGAAAAAAAGAAGAAAAAAAGAAAAGAAAAGAAAAAUAAUCCAUUUUUCCAUUUUGUGAUGUAAAUA